AUGCCAGGAAUUGAGGACUGUCCUGUUCUUUGGGGUUCGCCCCGGCAGACCGGCGCAGCAUUUGAUUUCAGGAGCGAUGUGAUCACGACUCCUUCCAAAGGCAUGCUCCAAGCCAUCGCCCAGACGACGCUGCACGACGAUGUCUUUGGCGAAGACUCCACGACGAGAAAUUUCGAGCUCGAAAUGGCCAAGAUCUGCGCCCACGAGGACGCUGCCUUCGUCCUCUCGGGGACCAUGGCGAACCAGCUCGCCCUCCGCUCGCUGCUCCACCAGCCGCCGCACGCCGUCCUCGUCGACGCCAGCGCCCACAUCAUCCACUGGGAGGCGGGCGGCGUCGCGCACCUGUCGGGCGCCAUGGUCCAGGGCAUCCGGCCCGCGAACGGCCUCUACCUCACCCUCGAGGACGUCGAGAAGCACGCGGUCCUGACGGAUGACGUGCACAAGUGCCCCACGCGGGUCAUCAGCGUAGAGAACACCAGCUCGGGUGUGAUCGUCCCGUUGGAGGAGUUGAGGAGAGUGAAGAGUUGGGCUUUGGCGCGCGGUGUGGCUGUUCACAUGGACGGGGCGCGGUUGUGGGAGGCGGUCUCGGCUGGGGCGGGCAGCCUGGAGGAAUUUGGCAAGUGUUGCGAUGUACUGACGUUGGACUUCAGCAAGAACUUGGGCGCCCCCAUGGGUGCUAUGGUUCUCGGGCCCUCUGAGCUGAUCCGACGACUGCGACGUAUCCGAAAGAGUAUGGGUGGUGGGAUGAGGCAAGCUGGCGUUCUCGCGGCUGCGGCGCGACAGGCCGUCGUUGAGAACUUUGGACUUGCUACUAGGGACUCUAAAGGAGUCUUGGAGGGCAGUCGUGUUAUGGCAAGAAGGGUUGGGAGAAUGUGGACGGUGAGAGGAGGAAGGCUGCUGAAGCCCGUCGAGACGAACAUGGUCUGGCUAGACCUCAAAGGAUGCGGCGUAGGAGCCGGUGAGUGGAACGAAUUGGGCAGGCAGCAUGGAAUUAGACUUGACGGGAAGAGGAUUGUGCUGCACUAUCAGAUUGACGAGGCCGCUGUUGAUCACCUGGGCGAUGUGAUGGACUCUGUGUUUGGUGUAGUUAGCAAGGAAGGAGUUGAGCUCGCGGCUCCGAAGGCUCGGCUUUGA